UUCAUAGCCGGACGGAAGGGCAACUUUGAUCCUUUUGUUCUGUUAUUGAAUUCGCCAUUUGCUGAUAGGCGGAGAACGAUUAGUGAAAGUAUGCAGGCUUAUGGAUGCGACCCCUUUGCUCGACAUUUUUACCCAAGCAUUAAUGGGUUUGACAGUGAAGCUUAUUCCGGUUAUUCCUCUCAUUCGUACGACGGAUACUCCCAGGGCGAUUCCCCUGUCGAUUAUUUGAGCAGUUCGGACCAGGAGAAUAACAACAGCAGUAACAAUAACAAUGACAGUAGCAGCAGCAUUGGAAAGGUCCGACGACGGAGGAAAAAGGGGGCCGGCCAACAAGUAUUUCAGAGACAGGCGGCGAACUUGCGCGAGCGAAAGCGAAUGCAGAGCAUUAACGAAGCGUUUGAAGGAUUAAGGGCACACAUUCCGACUCUUCCGUACGAGAAGAGGCUGUCGAAGGUUGACACUUUGAAACUGGCUAUUGGAUAUAUUAGUUUUCUGACAGAGAUUGUUCAGUCGGACCUUCAAUCUAAGGAAAAUAUUAACACGCAGAAUAACGACCAGCCGAGGAAAAUCAUAAUACAUUGCCACAGAGCCUUCCAAGACGAAUGUGAACAGAACGGGCUCCCUCCUCUGGCGGGUCACUCCCUUUCUUGGUGCGACGAUAAAAAGACCCCGUGUGUCACCCAACAGGGCCCCAAAAGGACCAUGAUUGCCAAAAUCUGGAUGCCGGAGGACCCACGUACUCGAAAUAUUAAUGGUGAACUUAUCCUCGAACCCUUAUCUGACGAGGAGGAACAUUCAAAUAAUAACGGAGAGCCGGAUACGGAUUCUGUUACGGAUCAUCCGGAACCGGAACCGGAUUCAGAUCCGGAGAGUUAGGAUUUAUUUGGGAAAGUUUAUGUCUAGGCAGCUUUUUAGGAAUAGUAGGCAGGUGCAAAUGGAGGUUUUGACGCAAAAUAUUUACAACAAGGAUCGUUCUGCUCACCCCUACCCUCGAUAUUGGUUUAUUUCAAGACGUAGAUCUGAAUGUAACUGCUGAUAUUUAUUAUUUUUGUCUGUGGUUCAAAUAAUUUAUUGUGAAAUAUUA